AACCCCAGGCCAAUGCCAAGUCCAAUUAUGCCUGUGGAUGUGGCAAUGAGAAUUUGUCUGGCACAUUCGCCGCCUCUUCGCAGUUUCCUCAGUUCAUAUGAGGUCUGCAAGUCCAGGAGCCUAGUCAACCAGUACAAACCUCUGAGAUCCUGCAUCAGCACCAAGACAGAUGUGGACACUGAUAAUAUAGGAUGGAAGAGUCCCGAGACCAAAAACAAAAAGAAAGUGGUUUUUGCUGACUCCAAAGGCAUGUCUCUGACAGCAGUCUAUGUAUUCAAGGAAUUCGAGGAAGACCCCAUGUUAGACCUGCCGUUCGAAUUAUCAGACUUGGAGGACGCCAUUGUGGGCCUGAAAGCGGAGGAGGAGAAGAAUUUGAUUUUGGAUUUCCCUCAGCCUGCUGCAGACUACUUGGACUUUCGGAACCGUCUAAAGAAGAGCCUGGUAUGCUUGGAAAACUGCAUAAUUCAAGAGAGAUCGCUCACCGGCACAGUCAAAGUGAGCAACGUAAGCUUUGAGAAAAUGGUCCAUAUGCGAAUAACAUUUGAUUCAUGGAAAAGCUACGCUGAUAUUCCUUGUACAUACAUGAAUAAUGUUUAUGGUUGUGAGGACGUUGACGCUUUCUCGUUUUCCAUCGACCUUCCAAGUUUUGUGCCCCCACAAGAGCAGGUGGAGUUCUGCAUAUCCUACAAAACUCAUGAUACCACAUACUGGGACAAUAACGACGGGAAAAAUUACAAGCUGGUACAUGCAGAGAAUGACCCCAGCCAGACCAGUGUAACCCAACAGACGGCAACAGAUUUCAAGAAUCAAGGCAAACAGCCAGAGAUGGAAUAUGAUCAAUUUGGGAGCCCGAGAACGUCUAGUGGAUUCUUCCCCGAGUGGCAGAGUUGGGGUCAUAUUGAGAACAACACCCCCUACUGGUGACAGUUCAAGACCCCUGAUGAACUUGAAGUAAAUGUUGUAACAAGGACAAAUGCAAAUGGUUUCAGAAUUUACUUUUGAAAAGUCUGAAGAGUAGAAAUUAGCAAUGAUAUCCUCAAAAGAAAACACUUUUGGCCAUGUGUGGCCAUCUUUUAUACUGUCCAAAUUAAUUCAAUGUUGGUGUAUGAUUUUGAGAUACACAUUUAGUUUAAAAUUAUAAGUUUGGGCUCUAUGCAACUUUGAGACUAACCAUGUUAACCGUAUGGAAGUUACUCAGAAUGAAAAAUGUUGGUUUAUGUAAUUUUCUAAUAUUUCUAGCACACUACGUACACUAUUUUGUAGAUCUGACAUGGGGUAAACCAAUAAUUUUCAUAACAUAGAUGCCUUCCUUUGUGUUAUUCUGUAAUUAACUGUUAUGCAAAGGCAUUGUUUUGGAUAUCUUUCCAAAUGUCCUUGAAUGAAGCGAACAACUAGCAUUUGCUCUGAAAUAGAUUCUGCAACAUACUAUUUUCUGCAACAUAUUACCUUGAAGGGUAAUAAUUUUAUAAUUAUUCUAUCUAAAGUCACUGAAUUUUGGGAAUCCUGCUUUUGAAAUGUGACUGGACGUUAAUAAUGUAAGUCAUCUUUAAAGGGAUAGUUCAACCAAAAAUUAAAGUUCUGUAAUUUAUUCAACCUCCAAACAUGUAUGCAUUUCCGUUAUUUUAACACAAUAGAAGAUAUUGAAUAAAAUGUAUCUGUUUUUUUUUUUUUGGCCAUAUAAUGAAAGUAAAUGUUGUUAUGGACCCCACUGACUUUUAUUGUAUGGACAAAACAGUUCUUCAAAUGAUGUUCUCCAGUGUUCCACUGAAGAAAAAGUUGUUGAAGUUUAAUACCACGUGAGGGUGAUUAAAAGAUGACAGAAUUUCAAUUUUGAGUGAAUUGUCCCUUUAACAGCAGUGCAUAAAAUGUGUGUAAUUUUCGGAUUAUGGAAUAAUCUGGUACAAUAUGAGAUUGCUUCAUAUUGAAGUUUUUGCAUCUCAUUUGAUAGUACCAGUUUAUCUGUCUUUUUCUAAUGAAUGCACUAAGCGUGACACACUAUAAGGGAGUCCAUGAGAGAUAAUAAUGCCCAUUAAAUGCUAAAUCCUUGCUGUUGCACUUCCGAUUUUUCCUACGUCUGUUCUACUUUUGCUGCACUUUCCUACAACAAUUUUUUCCUACAACAUAUUUGCUGCUAUGGUGCUAUUGUGUGUGGCUGUGUGUGCUGCAUUCUGAUUUAUGACCCAUGGUGUGUGGAAACUCUCCAGUGUUAUUUGGAGGAUAAAAGAUGAGGGAUUUGGACGUAACUUUACGAAGGUCAUAGUAAGUCAGGUAGAGUGGCUAAAGAGAGUGAUAAUAUUGAAUGAGAUUGUUGCUUUUUUCCUGAUUUUUUUUUCCUCUUCCGCUACAAUAGAAAAACAGGUUGAGGCUUUGAACGAAAGUGAUUGUAGACUGUGAUGAACCGUGAGCUGCUGUAAUUGCGGAGAAGGAUCAUGUAGGUUGAAUGUAAAAAGGGGCCUACACAAGCCACAGUGUAUGCCUACAUAUUUUUCUACUGCAAAGAAAGAUGUUUGUUUAAAAGAAUCUUGUACUAUACUCUGUGUUCCUGUUAGAAAUAAAUUCUAAUGUU